UACUUACAUGGUCUUCCCCUGCCAGAGCUUCCUCAUCUCUCUUCCUCCCACCUCCUUCUGUCAAUGAGAAGCCGAACUGUGUCUGUCUCACCCUCCUGAAGCUUCUCUUCCAUGGCGAAGACAUUAAUUUCCUCUCCUUCGUUCCUUGGCACGCCUCUUCCUUCUAUACCUCGCCCUGGUCUACAACCCUUCCAUCUCCCUCAUCGUAGGCUGGUCAGCACCAGAGUUAAAUUCAACUUCCACGAAAUCCCCCCGAUCCACUCCCUCAACGAUUCCUUUCACUUCAGUCAAAUUGUUACUAGAGCUGAAGCGCUUCUUUAUACGAUCGCUGACGCUGCGGUUUCCGCCGAUUCAGGUGCUGGUGCAGCGGCGUCGACCACCACAGAUGUUGCCGUGCAGAAGAAUGCAGGGUGGUUCAGUUUUAUUUCUGAAGCCAUGGAGUUUGUUCUCAAGGUGUUAAAAGAUGGCCUGAGUGCUGUGCAUGUGCCUUACGCAUAUGGAUUUGCUAUAAUAUUGCUCACUUUUAUUGUUAAAGUUGCUACACUUCCCUUGACAAAGCAACAGGUUGAAUCAACACUUGCUAUGCAAAAUCUUCAGCCAAAAAUUAAGGCCAUCCAAGAAAGAUACGCUGGCAAUCAGGAAAGAAUACAACUUGAGACAUCAAGGUUAUACAAGCAAGCAGGUGUCAAUCCAUUGGCUGGUUGUUUACCGACUUUGGCUACCAUUCCUGUGUGGAUAGGUCUCUACCAAGCUUUAUCAAAUGUGGCCAAUGAAGGUCUUUUGACAGAAGGCUUUUUCUGGAUCCCCUCUUUGGGUGGUCCUACUACCAUUGCCGCUAGACAAAGUGGAUCUGGAAUUUCUUGGCUUUUCCCAUUUGUGGAUGGUCAUCCACCGUUGGGCUGGCAAGACACUGCAGCAUAUCUUGUUUUACCCAUCCUCCUUGUUGUUUCUCAAUAUGUUUCUAUGGAAAUCAUGAAACCCCCCCAGACUGAUGAUCCGGCUCAGAAAAAUACACUUCUCGUUUUCAAGUUUCUUCCACUCAUGAUUGGUUACUUCGCGCUGUCUGUUCCUUCAGGGCUAUCAAUUUACUGGUUUACAAACAAUGUUUUAAGCACAGCACAACAAGUAUGGCUGCGCAAAUUAGGAGGUGCAAAGCCUGUUGUUAAUGAAAAUGCAAGUGGAAUUAUUACUGCAGGACGUGCUAAGCGAUCAGUUUCUCAGCCAGAAAGAACUGGUGAGAGGUUUAAACAGUUAAAGGAGAAGGAGAAAAAGCAGUUAAACAAGGUACUGCCUCAAAAAGAGGCUCAACCUCUGUCUUCUGUUUCUGAUUCUGAUGGUGGUUCAGAUGAAGAGAGUGAUAACAAGUUAGAGAACGAAGAAAAUGAGAAAUCUUACAUUUGCAUCAGUAGACAAAAAGAAAACCCUCCAUUGAAUCACAGUUGUCAUUAUUUGAACAAGUGAUUCCAACUUCCUUUUUAUAUUAUUAAUUAGUUAAUAAUAUCUGCCUACGUUUAAGAUAUCAGCUCCAUCCAACACUGCACAUUUAUUGCACCUCACUUUUAAGACCUUGUUGCCAGGAUACUGUAAGUUAUGUUAAGAUGAAGAUAAAUUGGUGAAUUUAAUCGAACUAGAGAUUCGUUUUGUUGAAAAACAAUCUACAGGAUUAGAUAGAAAAUGUGGCUGGCUCUCCAAGGGCUCAAAUAUAUUUCCCGUCACUCAGAUUGAAGGGGUAUAUGUCACUGUCUGUCACAUAGCCUUGCUGUGCUACUGACAAAAGAGUCAAGGUCUAAAUUUUUUUUCUCAACUGAGUCAUUAGCUGCAUGACAAUUCGUGUUUCAUUAUCAUCUUGGGACGUGGGGCCUUAUUUUUUGCGGUCUAAAUUUUAGCUUCGUAUUAAUGCUUUGACCGUUUCCGCUCGUAGACUGAAGUUUGGAGU